AUGUGCCUCGGUGCGUUCAUAACUGUCCAGCUGUUGUUUUUGUCUCUGGAAGUGGGAGGAAUCCGGGGAGAGAAUUUUAUCGUUGCCCAUUUUGGAAGGAAGAAACGGUGGAUUGCAAAUACUUUGUGUGGGUGGAUCAGUAUUGUCCUGGUUGAGAAGAGGAUAUUGUUCAAGCACUUUCGGCAGAGAACAAUGAUCUGA